AUGCUGGUUUGGGAAUUUAUGGAGGGCGGCAGCCUUGAGGGGCGGCUGUUCAGCAGCUCGCCGCGGCCGCCCCUGACCUGGCAGGAGCGGGUGCGCCUGUGCUUUGAGGUGGCGGCGGCGCUCACCCACCUGCACUCCAGCGAGCCCCCAAUGGUGCAUGGUGCCGUGAUGCCCAGCAAUGUUCUCCUGGAUGCCCACAUGAGGGCCAAGCUCAGCGUUGACCUUGCGACAGUGUCAGAGGCAGCCGCCAAGCUGCUGUGCGGGUGCGAGCUGCCGCCCCAGUUCGAGGACCCUGAUACGGACAGCACCGGCUGCAUGUCGCACCAGACUGACACAUACCAGCUGGGCGUCACCAUGCUGCAGCUGCUGACGCGCCGACACGACCCAGGCCUCUGCGCUGCAGCCGAGGCGGCCGUUGCAGCAGCAAACACUGGCGACGGCGCGUCCUUUGCCGCCUUGCUCGACGCAUCGGCGGGCGCGUGGCCGCAGGAGCACGCGCUGAUGUUUGCGCGCCUCGCGCUGCGCCUGGUGCCAAACCUGAACCUGCGGUCUGCCAUCAACGAAUGGCUCGUGCGCACCGGCGGCCGCCGCCUCGUGUGCCCAAGCGUGCGGCGGCCCAGCCCCGGGAGCUCUGCCUCGUCAUCGUCACAGGAGGUGCCCGCAGCGCGGCCGAUGGAAUGGGAGGGGUCAGCCACCAGCCUGCUCGCUGGCGCCACGUCCAGGGCGUUACCAGGAAACCAGCUGGACGCCGAACUCAGGGCCGCCUGCGCGCGCGGGGACGCCCACCACGUGGCGGAGCUGCUGGCCAGCGGGGCGAGCGCCGUCACCGCCGACGCGCGCGACGGCCACACGGCCCUCCACUGCGCGGCGCAGGGGGGCUCGCUGGCAGCCGUGGAGCUGCUGCUUGGCUGCGGCGCGCAGGUCGACGCAGUCGCGCGCGACGGCUUCACGACCCCGCUGUUGCUGGCCUGCAUGGGUGGCCACCAAGAGGUGGUUCUGCGCCUGCUGUCGCGCCGCGCGUCCACCAGCGGCGCCGUGGCAGGCGCGUGGAGCCCGCUGCACGCGGCCGCGGCCUGCAACCGCGAGAAGGUGAUGUGGGCAUAG